GAAUUCUACGAAAAGCACUCCGUUACGAUGCUGCCGCUUCGGGUGCCCUUCGGUAGGACAGACCGAAGGACGCGGUUCGGAGCGGCAAGGACGGGAACAAGUCUCGCUUGGCUUGGUUUUUCUAACAGGUCAAGGGAUAUCACACAGAAGUUUCGGCGACCGGGGCGCAACUCCGACACCAAGCCCUUCAAGAAGCAACACCGAAUGCUCUUCGAUCCGUAGCCAAUUCGAUGGACGUGCAAAAGUUCGACUGCUUUCGUUGACGCAAAAAAGAACAAAAGACAUGGAUUCUACGAAUGCAUUCGGCAGACAUAUAUAUAUAUAUAUUUUUUUUUAUAUUUUUUUUUUAAAUUUUUUUCUAAUUACCGGAACAUGAGUUUUGAGCGGCCGAAUGCAUCAGAAAACUCGUGUCACAACUUUGAACUCCAAUCAAUCUCUAGAACAUUGUAAGUGUUGUUGUUUUUGUUGCUGUUGCUGCUGUUGUUGUUGUGUUUAGAGUUCGCCCUUCAGAUCGUCGUCGUCAUCGUCGUCUUCCAUGUCGAAUCUGGGAUCGAAAUCUUCCGGUCUGGGAACCCUGAGACCUCUCUUGUUCAUGAUCAUCUCGACGAUGUUGAAGUUGGUCUUCGCCUUGAUUUUCUCGACGGUGUUUUCGAAUUCCUUCUGCAGGGCGUCGAAUUGUUUCUCGAUUUUCUCGACUUCGGCGUCGAAUUUCUGCUCCGCCUCAAAGGCCUGCUCGGCAAUGUCCUUGGCGAGCGUCUCGAGCUCCUCGUCCGAUUUGCCGUCGACGGCCUCAAUGACGGCCUUUUCCUCAUCCGUGCAGGCCUCCAGCUUGUGGACACUGCAGACGGGUUUGGUGACGUACUUUGUGGCAAACUCCUUGAGGUCGUCGUAGCUGCGCAUGCCCGGGUACUCCUUGAGGGAGUUGACGUCUCCCCAUUUCAAGGUUGGGAAGCCCUGUGGGUUAAAUUGGAUUGGAUUGGAUUGGAUUGGAUUGGAUCGCAAACAGGAUUCAACGCCCGAACAUCAAAGGGCAGCGUCGGCAAGGCACAUCACGAAACAAAAAACGUCGACAAACAAAAGAAGCGGGUGUCAGAUUGCAGUGCCAAGACCACACAACGCGAAAACCGAACCGACAUCUUGGGGGCCCACAAAGCACUAUCGAAAGGGUCGGCUGCGAUUCGUCGAUCGAUCGACCGUUCGGUCACACCGCCCCGAGCAACCGAAAGGAGGCAACGACACCACGGGGUUUUUUUAAUGGAUUGUUUGUUUGUUCGUUUGUUUGUUUCUUGUUCUCACGCACCUCGAUGUUGUAGGCCUCGCAGAUCUGGUCGUUCUUGUCGUCGGUACAGUCGACGCUUCCCACCAGGGCGACCUCGUGGCCGGCAAAGUCGGCCUCCACCUUUGCCCAGUCCGCGGCCAUGGCCUUGCAGUGCCCGCACCACGGGGCGUAGAACUUGAGAAAGACCGUCUUGCCCCGGGUCAUUUCCUGCCAGUU